UCCUGAGCCGACCACCUCUGCUGCUCCCGAGCCCACUACCACUCCGGCUCCGGCUCCGGCUCCUGAGCCUUCCUCGACGACCUCCAGUGCUCCUGCCCCGUCCAGCUCUUCCAGCUCCAGCUCUGGCUCUGGCUCCGGCUCCAGCUCCAGCGGCCAGUGCUCCGAGAGCUCUCCUUGCGCGGGUGACGGAACCUACUACAACACGGCCGAUACCAUGACCAACCCCAGCUUCUGCGACACUGCUAACGAUGGUUACGCCGAGAACGUCGUUGCUCUCUCCUCGGCUAUCAUGAACGAGGGCUACUGCGGCAAGACCAUCACCGUUUCCUACAACGGCAAGACCUCGACCGCUAAGGUGGUGGACAAGUGCCCGAGCUGCAGCGCGAGCUCCAUUGACAUGUCGCCCGCCCUGUUCGGUGACCUCGCCGAUCUGGCUUUGGGUCGGAUCCACGUCGAGUGGUGGUUCAACAACUAA